AAUGUAUAUGUAGAGAAUCUCUCAGUACAUACUUUAGCUCUUCACGCCAUCGGCAUUGCUGUUGAGACUUUCAGGAUUCUCUUUGAGAAGAAAGACAAAAUGGAGGAGGAGAAGCAAGAAAACCCUUUGAAGAGAAACUUUGAAGCUUUUAGUAGUGAAGCUGAACAGAUGGAUGUAGAGAAGAAGAAGAAGAUAGAGGAGUUUAUACCCAGAGAGUAUCAGUUGAAGGUGUUUAAAGUGGCUAUGAGAAGGAACACCAUUGCUGUACUGGAUACAGGGGCUGGGAAGACUAAUAUAGCAGUGAUGAUGAUUAGAGAAAUUGGGAAAACGUUGAGGAAUGAUGAUGAGAAGAAGUUGAUUGUGUUCUUGGCACCAACUGUUCAUCUUGUUCAUCAGCAAUAUGAGGUUAUACAACAUCAUACACACCUUGCUGUUCAAGAAUACUAUGGGGCCAAAGGAGUUGAUGAAUGGAAUGCAGAAUCCUGGAAAAAAGAAACUGAUGAUAAUGAUGUUUUGGUUAUGACACCCCAAAUUUUCUUGGAUGCACUGAGAAAGGGUUACAUAAAAUUUGAUACAGUGUGCUUUCUGAUACUAGACGAGUGCCAUCGCGCCAGUGGUAACCAUCCCUAUGCUAGGAUUAUGAAGGAAUUCUAUCAUCUAUCCAGAAAAAGAUCGAAGAUUUUUGGGAUGACUGCUUCCCCUGUGAUUAGAAAAGGUGUUUCAUCUUCAACAGAUUGCGAGGAGCAAAUAUCAGAACUUGAAAGUCUUCUUGAUUCCCAGGUAUAUACACUCGAGAACAGGGUGGAGCUGGAUGAAUUUGUUCCCUCUGCUAAGGAGACUUGCAAAUUCUAUGAUCCAAUAGUGUUUUCAAAUACAGAAUUAAAGGCAAAGUUGGAGUUUUCAUGGUCAAAGUUUGAUGCUGCAUUAGCUGAAUUGAAACUGUCACUGCCAAGUCAGUACAAAGAUAUAGAUGAUAUGUAUAAGAAGCUUCGGAAGAGAUUGUCCAAUUGUUAUGCAAAGAUAUUGUGUUGCCUUGAAAAUCUAGGCGUCAUUUGUGCUUAUGAGGCUGUUAAAAUCUGCUUGGAAAAUGUGCCUAAUGACAAAGAUGAAAAUGAGAUUCUAAGGACAAGUUCUCUACAACAUAGAUACUUUUUGGAGGAGGCAUUGUCAAUUGUCCAGGAAUCAAUGCCACAAGACUGUGAGAGUCUCUUCGAUGUUGGAUAUGACUCGUCAGCAACUCUGUCAAUGGGCCAUAUAUCUUCAAAACUGCAAGUACUUCUUGAAAUUUUUCAAUUCCUUAGGAAAGCCACACAAGUACGCUGUCUCAUUUUUGUUGAAAGAAUUAUAACAGCUAAGGUAAUUGAAAGAGUUAUGAAGAAAAUGACCCGGUUUUCACAUUUCACAAUAGCAUAUUUGACUGGAACAAACACAUCUGUCGAUGCUCUGACACCAAAAGUGCAAAAAGAAACCUUGGGAUCUUUUCUCUCUGGAAAGGUCAAUUUAUUAUUUGCCACUGAUGUGGUUGAGGAGGGAAUUGAUGUGCCACACUGUUCCUCUGUAAUACGAUUUGAUUUACCAAAGACAGUUCGUAGUUAUGUCCAAUCUAGGGGACGUGCUCGUCAGACUGAGUCUCAGUAUAUACUAAUGCUUGAGAGAGGAAACAAGAAGCAGAGGGAGCAGAUGUUCGAUAUAAUUAGGAGUGAAUAUUCUAUGACAGAUACAGCUAUAAAGAGAGACCCUGAUGAUUCUGUGGUGAAACCUUGUCUAGUGAAGGAAACUAAAGCAUAUUAUGUGGAGGCAACUGGAGCAUCAGUGACUGCAGAUUCUAGUGUCAGUGUCUUGACUAAAUAUUGUGAAAUGCUCCCUGGAGAUAAGUUCUUCUCUCCAAAGCCAUUGUUUCAGUACAUUUUGUCUGGAGAGUUGUACCGGUGUAAGUUGACAUUACCUCCAAAUGCAGCUUUCCAAACGAUUGUUGGUCCAGAAUGCAGGAGUUCUCAACUAUCAAGACAGCUUGUCUGCUUGGAUGCAUGUAAGAAGCUGCACCAGAUUGGUGCUCUCAAUGAUCAUCUUCUUCCUUUCAAUGAAAAGCCUCCCCGAGGUGAUUCUGAUGUGCAGGACAGAAAAUUAGGGGCAGGAACAACAAAGUUGAAAGAAUUACAUGGGACAGCUUGUAUUAGUGCAUUAUCUGGGUCAUGGGGAAAUGAUCCUAAUGGAGAAGUAUAUCAAGUGUAUAAAAUGAACUUCCCUUGCAACAUCAAGGAAGUGAAAUAUUCCAGUUUUAUCCUUUUGCUUCAAUCAGAACUUGAUUACGAUGUGGGAAAUGUGGAAGUGGAGCUUUUCUUAGUUUCCAAGUUUGUCGAAUCCUCCGUGUCGCAUUGUGGGAAAGUACAUUUGGAUUCCCAACAGGUGGCAAAAGCAAAAAUAUUCCAAGAACUAUUCUUUAAUGGGCUGUUUGGUAAAUUAUUUAUUAAAUCAUCGGGUGGAAGGAAAUUUCUGCUUGAUACAGAAAAAUCUUUGUGGGAGCCAUCGAACAUGUACUUGCUUCUACCGCUGGAUCCUUUAGAUUCAAGUUGUGAACCCUACAGAGUUGAUUGGGAAGCAAUUGAAUCUUCUGUUUCAGUUGUGGAAUUUUUGAAAAAAAAUGCGUGGUUAAGCAAUGAGAAAUCUGAAGCUAAACGGAAGAACUCCUUAGUUGAUAGGACUGCAUCAUUUGUGGAAGAUCUUGAUCAAACAGAUUUGAUUCACUUUGCCAAUAUAUCAAUCUCAAGAAGCAAUAUUACGGACAUGGUUGUUGUGGCCAUUCAUACUGGAAGAAUUUAUUCUGUUCUGGACGCUGUUGCCAAUACUUCCGCAGAGAGCCCCUUCGAAGUAGAUUCAGAAGCUACUGUAGCACCCUUCUCAACAUUUGCUGACUACUUCCAUAAAAAGUACGGGAUUGUUUUAGUGUAUCCUGGACAGGCUUUGUUGCUACUGAAGCAAAGCCAUAAUGCAUACAAUCUUCUCGUGGAUUUUAAAAAGGAAGGCAUUUCAUGUGGACCGAAAUCAAAAGAUAGUACAAUGGUGGUUCAAAAGCCACUGAAUAAUGUUCACAUGCCACCAGAACUUCUGGUCUGUUUUGACAUUCGGUUAGACAUCUUGAAAUCCUUCUACUUGCUACCAUCAUUAAUGCACCGCCUGGAGUCCCUGAUGUUGGCUAGCCAGUUGAGGAAAGAGAUAUCAAGCCAUUCAGGCGACUUACAUAUAUCAAGCUCAUUGAUUCUGGAAGCUCUUACAACUCUCAGAUGCAAUGAGAGUUUCUCCAUGGAACGUCUGGAGUUGCUUGGAGAUUCAGUUCUGAAGUAUGCUGUUAGUUGUCACCUCUUCCUUAAGUAUCCCAAGAAGCAUGAAGGGCAGCUAACUAAUGAACGUUCACAGGCUAUUAGUAACUCAGCCCUCCAUAAAUUGGGAACUAAUCAACAUUUGCAGGGUUAUAUACGGGAUGGUGCAUUUGAUCCACGCCGAUGGACUGCUCCUGGGCAGCUUUCCCUGCGGCUUUGUCCUUGUGAGCACGGGGUUGAAACUUCACAAGUGCCUUUGGACAAGAAGUUUCUGACUGAAGAUCCCAAAGAAGUAGUUGGGAAGCACUGUGAUAGAGGACACAGAUGGAUGGGUUCAAAAACAAUAUCUGACUGUGUUGAAGCGCUAAUAGGUGCAUAUUACGUUGGUGGUGGGUUUGUUGCUGCCCUCAAAUUGAUGAAAUGGCUUGGUGUUAAAGCUGAGCUAGAACCUUCAUUAGUAGAGGAUGCGAUCAAUACUGCAUCUCUUUAUUCUUAUACCCCUAAAGCUAAAGAUAUUGAAGACCUUGAGUUGAAACUUGGCUAUAGAUUUUCUAUUAAGGGACUGCUUCUAGAAGCUAUAACACAUGCUACUGUGCAAGAGCUGGACGCUGGGUACAGUUAUCAGAGGCUUGAAUUUCUUGGCGACUCAGUACUGGACAUUCUCGUUACCUGGUACCUUUACCAGAAGCAUAAAGAUAUUGAUCCUGGGGAACUAACAGAUCUGCGUUCUGCUUCUGUCAAUAAUGAUAAUUUCGCUUAUGCUGCUGUGAGAAGGAAUCUUCAUGUCCACCUUCAACAUCAUUCUGGAUAUCUUGAAAGUGAAAUAUCAUUGUUUGUGAAGUCAGUCUCUAAUUCUUGUUCACUCCAAGGAAACAAAGCCCCAAAGGUACUUGGAGACUUGGUGGAGAGUAUUGCUGGUGCAGUACUUAUUGAUACCAAACUUGACCUGGAUGAAGUUUGGAAGAUCUUCAAGCCACUAUUGUCUCCCAUCGUGACUCCUGAUAAGCUUGAACUACCUCCGUUGCGUGAGCUCAUAGAAUUAUGUGACUCACUUGGCUACUUCUGGAAAGAACAUUGCGUGGUGAAGGGGGAUACCGUGAAUGCUGAGCUUAGGUUACAGCUGAAAGAUGAUCUGCUGGUCGCUGAGGGAUCUGGACAAACUAGAAAAAAUGCAAAGGCGCAAGCAGCUCUGAAGUUACUGAAGAACUUAGAGAAAAAAGGAAUUUCAUCCAAGAAGAAAAAAGAAGAGGCCAGCUUUGUUGAUGUGCCACAAUCUUUAGACUUUGAUGGUGACAUCUGCAUCCAAGCAAAUACUUCGUGUCCUGAUAUGGCUUCACGCAAAAAGCGAAAGAAAGUAUAUUUGAAUUUAAAGCCAGAUGAAGCUCAACCUGUUCCCAGUGACUGCUCCACCAGUGCUAGUUAUACAAAUAAGGACAUCCAAGUAAUUGGGCCAAUCAACAUGAAAAGGGGUGGACCUCGCAUAUCACUCUUUGAACUAUGCAAGAAACUGCAGUGGCCAAUGCCUAGUUUUGAAUCAAUAGAGCGUACAUCCAAAUCACUUAUUGAAUGUGGUGAAGGCUCUGAUAAAAGGAAGGUUUACAACACUUUUGCAUCUCAAAUCUCGCUGACAAUACCUGACUAUGGUUUGAUAGAGCUUACCGGGGAUGAAAGAGCUGAUAAGAAAAGUUCACUUGAUUCAGCGGCACUUCACAUGUUAUAUGAGCUAGAACGACAGGGAAAAAUAGCCAUUGGAAAUCAAUGAAUUGUCGUGAGUGUAAAUUCUUACAAUCUUGCUCUAAGGCGUAAAAUUUUUAGCAUUUUAGGUCUCUUCGGUAAGGGAAUCCAGAAAUUGCAGUGUAUAUUUGCAUUGAAAAGUAGUAACAAACUUAAUAGUUGCGUAUCAGGCGGGCAUGGUUUCUGUUCCAGCCAUUAUUGGAAAUCCAAUUGAAAAUAGGGAUGAACUUUUUGAAGUGUAUAACGGGGAUCGUUCUUAUGUCCCCUAUUUAAACCUUGAUUUAACUUAUCUAUUGGGACUUCAUUGUUCA